AUGGAACAAACUUCCACCCAGGAGGAGGAACGCACGCCUCCGGUUGAGCAGAAGCAGGCCCCCGCCGAUGGAGCGGAGGAGGCGCCUGCUACCAGUGAGAAGCAGUCUCCAACCCAAGCGAAUCCAUGGCACCAUGAUGAUGAAGAUUUUGAAAAGUACAUAGCUGAGAGGGAUACUCGAUUCCCCCCGGUCCACUUUUCUGUGGACCGCUUUGCCAAAUACCGGAGAGACCUUUGGAAUUUUGUCUCUCAGAACAAUUGCGAAUGGAUCCUGCCCGAGGGGAUUAGGUCGUUGGCCGAUAAUUACGGGUGGUUCCAAAUAGAGCUCGAGGGAUGGCUGUACCAUAGGACCAUCAGCCGGGCGGAGCUGGAGGGCCUUCCCGACGCUCAAAAGAGACUGAUCGUGUCCAGCCUGAAGGGCAGCCUGGUCCAGGAUGACCUGGACACCACUAUGAGUCUUCUUCCGAACCACAUCCGCAACGGGAUCGCCUGCGUCCUCUUAGAAAGCGUUGUCGUGCAACACGCCUUCGCCAAAAUGUUCGACAAUCCAUUUUGGUACUUUGACGGCGAGGCGGAACAGCUGAAUCAACUGUACCGCAAGUUCAUUCAAACCAGUAAGCCGCGGGCUGCGCUCUGGCGCUGCGACACGAUCCGACUCGCCAACUCGGUCAAACACAGCGUGGCCGAUGACCUCACGCUGGGGCAAUAUAACCAAGAGCGAAGAGACGCAGCCGUCGCCGAGUUUGCCGCCGAAAUCGUCUCCAGCGAGCCAUUCAAGCUGCUCCUGAAACCGUUUGCGGACGCCGAGGAAGAAGCAAAGGAACUUGAAUAUCUUGCCAGGAUUUACAAAACCCUGGCAGACAUGCUGGUGAAGGUGUUUGCUCAUCCCGCCCUUCCCAGAGUGCGCUGGAUAGACGACUUGGAAGAUACUUUCACCGCAGAUCUGAAGACUAUGGCGGCUUCCAGUGUUCACUUCUUGGACCGUGGGGACAGGAGAUUGGAUGGGAGACGCGUGUUGAUGGUCAGGUAUCCCGCAUUGGUAGGGGCAGACGCUGUGCGAGAUUGGCCCCUUUGUCCAGAAUCUGUCCGGCUUGAAGCUGACGUUCUGGUUGCGGACCCUCCUUCUCCCAACGACAGCGGUUAG